UUCAGAAAUAAAAACAUUCCAGGUUUUUUUCCUGAAAUUCAUCACCAACAACCAUGAUAUUUAACUAAGAACAAUGUUAAACUGCUGAAAGAGGUGAAGUACAAGCCGUCCAGAAAAAUCUCCAGAACACACAGAAAUUGUUUGAUACGUUUAACAGAUAGAUGGAGCCAAGACCCGGCAUGGAGAAACAUCAGCACUCUUUCAAGAGUUUUACUAAACAGACUGAUCUCAAAAAUCACCAGUGCAUUCACACAGGAGAGAAACCACAUCACUGCUCGGAGUGUGGGAAGAGUUUUACUAAACAGAGUGAUCUCAAAAAACACCAGCGCAUUCACACAGGAGAGAAACCGUAUCACUGCACAGACUGUGGGAAGAGUUUUAAUCAACAGGGUCAUCUCAAAAAACACCAGCGCAUUCACACUGGACAGAAACCGUAUCAAUGCUCAGACUGUGGAAAGAGUUUUAAUCAACAGAGUAAUCUCAAAAAACACCAGCGCAUUCACACAGGAGAGAAACCGUAUUACUGCUCAGACUGUGGAAAGAGUUUUAUUACACAGAGUGAUCUCAAAACACACCAGCGCAUUCACACUGGACAGAAACCGUAUCACUGCUCAGACUGUGGGAAGAGCUUUAAUCUACAGUGUACUCUCAAAAUACACCAGCGCAUUCACACAGGAGAGAAACCAUAUUACUGCUCAGACUGUGGGAAGAAUUUUACUCAACAGAGUAAUCUUCAAAAUCACCAGCGCAUUCACACAGGAGAGAGACCGUAUCACUGCUCAGACUGUGGGAAGAGUUUUAUUACACAGAGUCAUCUAAAAAAACACCAACGAAUUCACACAGGAGAGAAACCGUAUCACUGCUCAGACUGUGGGAAGAGUUUUAAUAGACCGGGGACUCUAAAACUGCAUCAGCGCAUUCACACAGGAGAGAAACCGUAUCAGUGCUCAGACUGUGGGAAGAGUUUUACUCAACAGAGUACUCUCAAAAAUCACCAGCGCAUUCACACAGGAGAGAAACCGUAUCAGUGCUCAGACUGUGGAAAGAGUUUUACUCAAAAGAAUGAGCUCAAAAAUCACCAGCGCGUUCACACAGGAGAGAAACCGUAUCACUGCUCAGACUGUGGGAAGAGUUUUACUGAAAAGAGUAAUCUCAGAAGACACCAGCGCAUUCACACAGGAGAGAAACCGUAUCACUGCUCAGACUGUGGGAAGAGUUUUAAUCAACAGAGUAAACUCAAACUGCACCAGCACAUUCACACAGGAGAGAAACUGUAUCAGUGCUCAGACUGUGGGAAGAGUUUUACUCAAAAGAUUGAGCUCAAAAAUCACCAGCGCAUUCACACAGGAGAGAAACCGUAUCACUGCUCAGAGUGUGGAAAGAGUUUUAAUCAACAGAGUACUCUCAAAAUACAUCAGCGCAUUCACACAGGAGAGAAACCGUAUCACUGCUCAGACUGUGGGAAGAGUUUUAAUCGACAGUGUACUCUCAAAAAUCACCAGCGCAUUCACACAGGUGAGAAACCGUAUUACUGCUCAGACUGUGGGAAGAAUUUUACUGAACAGUGUACUCUCAAAAUACACCAGCGCAUUCACACAGGAGAGAAACCGUAUCACUGCUCAGACUGUGGGAAGAGUUUUACUACACAGAGUAAUCUCAAAAAUCACCAGCGCAUUCACACAGGAGAGAAACCGUAUUACUGCUCAGACUGUGGGAAGAGUUUUACUCAACAGAAUCAUCUCCAAAAACACAAGUGCAGUAACACAGGAGAGAAAACUAUCCCAAAUUUGUUCCACGGCAGUUAAAAGUGCAAAUCCUAAGUCUUUCAGACAGAACACCUUAUGUAUUACUCUGUCACUUGGGACACGUUCCACCAGAAACAAACAUGAACUGAAUUUAACAAUCGAUUUCACAGGUUCAGCAAAAUUAUUCUUAUCCAGGGAUGAUGUUUAUUGAAUUUCAUGUUAUGUUUUCUCGUAUGUUUGAUAUUCCAGAACAUUCUUCGUGAGACAGAGCUCAGUUUUUAGGGUAGUUACAGUAAGAGUUCAGUUCUGAAGAAGGGAAUGUCUUUCAAGUACGAACUACGGCAUUGCCAGAGCUUGCUCCAGACAUUAGAUUAGCAUUAGAUUAACAUAGUCUUUAACAUUUAGAUGUCAUAGUUGUUAGGAGUAGAGUAGGAUUCUUGCA